AUGAAGUAUAGUCACGUUACUGCAUUCGCACGACACUUUCUAAACGAACUACCCACUUUGUUCAAGCACACCAUCCUUGUGUGUGAGAAACUAGCUCUUGGGGAGGUAGUCAUCAAGGUAAGCCCUGAUGACCACAAACGUGUCAAAAUCCUUCUUGAUGAAGAAGAUUCAGUGGGCUCUCUCUCGGGAAAUGCAAAAAUGACGAACUUACUGAAGGGAGCCACAACUGUGGGUGUGGUUUUAGCAAACGGUGAGCUACUAAUCAACAUGGAGGGUUUCAUCAAAUCUUUGGUAGAUCAUGGAGACGACUAUCAACAAGAUGAAGUUUCACGAGUGCUGCAACUUCAAAGAGAAACACGUUGA